AUGUGGAUCAUCAAUUGGUUCUACGAUGUCCUUGCCUCGCUUGGGCUGCUCAACAAGCAUGCCAAACUACUCUUCCUCGGCCUGGACAAUGCGGGAAAGACGACCUUGUUACAUAUGCUGAAGAAUGACCGAGUAGCGAUCCUGCAACCUACCCUACAUCCUACUUCCGAAGAACUGGCUAUCGGCAACAACAGGUUCACAACCUUUGAUCUCGGAGGCCAUCAACAAGCCCGCCGCCUCUGGCGCGAUUACUUCCCUGAAGUAUCCGGUAUUGUCUUCCUUGUCGACGCAAAGGACCACGAACGUCUCCCCGAAGCGAAGGCCGAACUCGACGCUCUCCUUGCCAUGGAAGACCUGGCUAAAACCCCUUUCUUGAUCCUUGGGAACAAGAUUGAUCAUCCAGAUGCAGUGUCGGAGGACGAAUUGAGACAUCAGCUGGGCCUCUACCAGACCACCGGAAAGGGAAAAGUACCACUUGAAGGAAUCAGGCCGAUCGAGGUUUUCAUGUGCAGUGUGGUGAUGAGGCAAGGCUAUGGUGAGGGCAUCAGGUGGUUGUCACAAUACGUGUAA